UUCUGUAUCUCACAGAUGUCACUGAGGUAGGUAACGUGGUCCAAGCCUGAGGAAUUCAAGGAAAGAAGAGAAGUCUACUGGACUUUUUCCAUCCCUGAUAUGCACAGGAAAUGAAGAGAUCACCUGGCAUGCUUGGAAUUGAGAAAAUGUCCUGGGUGCUCUUCCUAAUCCCACAUCUGGGCAUCUGGAGUAUCAACGGGCAAAGAUCAUGUAAUGAACAACUGUAUGUAAAGAGAUAUUCCACAUACACUGUGUCAGCAGAGCAUCCAUUUAAUCUGGAGUGCCCUGUGAAAUACUGUACUAAGAAGCCUGUUGUGACCUGGUGCAAGCUCAAAGGAAAAAACUGUUUACCUCUUGCAUAUAAACUUCUGGGAUACACAACUUGGAAAGAAGGGGAGAAUAUUUCAGUUUUUAGUCUUCAUUUUAAUCGCACGCUGGCUAGUGAUUCUGGUUCAUACCGCUGUUCUGCAAAUUUUACAUCUGGAGUUAUUGAAAGCCAUUCAGUAACCAUUAAUGUGACAGAACAGACUCAAAAUAAUUCAGAAUACCCUCUAAUAAAUACAACUGGUGCCUCAGGACCACCCUCUCAGGAAGUGACGGCUGACAAACGAUGGAUGCUUUAUAGUUUGCUUCCUUUGGGGGCAUUGCCUCUGCUCAUUACCUGUUUGUGCCUGUUCUUCUGCCUUAGAAGGCACCAAGCAGAAAAAAAGGAGCCUUCUGACACAGCAGGAAGGGAAAUUAACCUGGUUGAUAUUCCCCAGCCCUUUCGGAGUGAGGAAACUGAAGUGGGAACCGGGCAAAAUCCCCAAACACUGCUAUCAGAAACUGGUACUUAUGAUAAUGACCCCUGGUUCAGGGUCCAGGAAGACUCUGAAGUUUAUUCUAACCCAUGUCUGGAGGAAAACAAGCAGGGCAUUGUUUACGCUUCUUUGAACCAUUCUGUCAUUGGAAUAAACCCAAGACAAUCAAGGAAUGUGAAAGAAACACCUACAGAAUAUGCGGCCAUAUGUGUGAGGAGUUAAAUUCGAUCUUGAUCUCCAACUGGUGAUCACUGAAAGAUAUGCAUGUCAACACCAUUACCAAGCCCAACAAAAGGUUAAAUAACAUUCCUUGACCUGAGAAGCUUCACUUUAAGGAGGUUCAUGUUGGUGCUCGGGUCUUAAGGGUUCAUAGGACAAAUGACUAAAAUUUCUCCCCCCAAAUUCUGAGGGAACUUUUUAUAUGACCCCCU